GCGACCCUCGCGGAGUGCGCGGACCUCGUGCUUCGCACCGCGGACCCCGCGAUGAAAGCCGCGCUGAGCCACGCCGCCUACGCCAAGUUCGUCAACUCGCGCGGCGCCAUGCGCGUGGGUGUCGCGUCCCCACCCGCCGCGCCCGCCAGGCCCGAGCUGCCAACGCUCGUCGAGCCCAAACUCGUCCCGUCGCCCAAGACGUGCGAGCUGGGCAUGUCCGCCGCGAUGAUUCACAACGUGGCGCACAUCGAGCUCAACGCCAUCGACCUCGCGUGGGACACCGUGGCCCGGUUCUCGAGGCUCGCGGCGGAUGACGGCACAGCUGUGGAUGACGCCGGCACAGCUGUCCCGACGGAGUUUUUCGCCGAUUUCGCUCGAGUCGCGGACGACGAGUCCCGGCACCUGGGCUGGUGCCUGCAGCGUCUCGGGGAGAUGGGCGUGAGGUACGGGGACAUACCCGCGCAUAACGUGCUGUGGGAGGGCGCGCAGGCCACCGCGUCGUCGUUGCCCGCGAGGCUGGCGGUGGUCCCGUGCAUGCAGGAGGCGCGAGGCCUGGACGCGGGGCCUCGGCUGGUCGCCAAGCUGCAGGGCCGCGGGGAUAACCGAAGCGCCGCGGUCGUUCGAAGGAUAUCCGAGGAGGAGAUCGCGCACGUCGCGGUGGGGGUGGCGUGGUUCAGGCACGUGUGCGGCGGCGCGCUCGGCGGCGUGGACCCGGGCGACGCGUUCAGGGCUCACAUCGGCGUGCACGCGCCGGAUGCGCUUCGGGGUCCGUUUAACCACGAGCAGAGGGUCGCCGCGGGGCUGGAGCCGGACUGGUACAGCGUGGGGCCCGAGCACAGGAUGGGACGCGAGGGGGAGGAGCAGCUGGGCGGGACGGACGCGAAGGCGCUGGUGGGCAGGCUCGCGCAGAUGCUCGCGCUGGAA